CGUUCUUUGCUGGGCGUGUUUGAAGAAGAUGCUGCUGCAAUUUCCAAUUACAUCAAUCAGUUAUUUCAAGCCAUGCACAGAAUAUAUGAUGCACAGAAUGAAUUAAGUGCAGCAACUCAUCUGACUUCAAAGCUUCUGAAAGAAUAUGAGAAGCAGCGUUUUCCACUAGGGGGAGAUGAUGAGGUUAUGAAUUCUACUUUACAGCAAUUUGCAAAAGUGAUAGAUGAGCUCAGUUCUUGCCAUGCAGUACUAUCAACUCAACUUGCAGAUGCAAUGAUGUUUCCUAUUACCCAGUUUAAAGAAAGGGAUCUAAAAGAGAUACUAACCCUAAAAGAAGUUUUCCAAAUUGCAAGCAAUGACCAUGACGCUGCCAUUGCAAGAUACAGUCGGUUGUCAAAAAGAAGGGAAAAUGAAAAGAUCAAGGCUGAAGUUACAGAAGAUAUAUAUACUUCCAGGAAAAAACAGCAUCAGACUAUGAUGCAUUAUUUCUGUGCAUUAAAUACUCUUCAAUACAAAAAGAAAAUUGCUAUGCUAGAACCCUUGCUAGGAUACAUGCAAGCUCAGAUAAGUUUUUUUAAAAUGGGUUCAGAAAAUCUUAAUGAGCAGUUGGAAGAAUUUUUGACCAAUAUUGGCACAAGUGUACAAAAUGUUCGCAGGGAAAUGGAAUGUGAAGUAGAAACCAUGCAACAAACUAUAGAGGACUUAGAAGUAGCUAGUGAUCCGCUAUAUUUGCCUGAUCCUGAUACUACAAAAUUUCCUGUUCAUAGAAAUCUAACACGGAAAGCUGGCUAUCUCAAUGCAAGAAGUAAGACAGGGCUGGUAUCUUCCAGUUGGGAGAGACAAUUUUACUUCACUCAAGGUGGAAAUUUGAUGAGCCAGGCAAGAGGUGAUGUAGCUGGGGGACUUGUCAUGGAUAUAGACAAUUGUUCGGUAAUGGCUGUGGACUGCGAAGACAGACGGUACUGUUUUCAGAUAACGUCUUUUGAUGGUAAAAAGUCUUCAAUCUUACAGGCAGAGAGCAAAAAAGAUUACGAAGAGUGGAUAUGCACAAUCAACAACAUAUCUAAACAGAUAUAUCUAAGUGAAAAUCCUGAGGAAAUUGCUGCACGUGUAAAUCAGUCGGCUCUAGAGGCUGUUACUCCAUCUCCCUCCUUUCAACAGAGGCAUGAGAGCAUGCGGCCAACUGUACAAUCUCGUCCUCCUGCAGCUCGUACUAGCAGCACAGGGUCGAUGGGAUCUGAAUCAGCAGCUUUAUCAGCACUUUCUUUGGAUUCACUUGUUGCCCCUGACACUCCCAUCCAAUUUGACAUAAUAUCUCCAGUUAGUGAAGAUCAGCCUGGUCAAGCCAAAACUUCAGGGCAGUUGGGCAGACGCACAAAUCCUUUUGGUGAAUCUGGAGGCUCAAAAUCUGAAACAGAAGAUUCCAUUCUUCAUCAGUUAUUUAUUGUAAGAUUUCUUGGCUCUAUGGAGGUGAAAUAUGAUGAAAGUCCAGAUGUUGUUUAUGAAACAAUGCGUCAAAUACUAGCAGCUCGGGCCAUUCAUAACAUUUUCAGGAUGACAGAAUCACAUUUAUUAGUCACUUGUGACUGUUUAAAGUUAAUUGAUCCACAGACACAAGUUACAAGACUACGAUUUCCUUUGCCCAAUGUAGUCUUGUAUGCUACACACCAGGAGAAUAAGCGCCUCUUUGGAUUUGUGCUUAGAACUGCAGGAGGGAGAGCUGACAGCCGCCAGACUUCAGUCUGCUAUAUAUUUGAAUCAAAUAAUGAAGGGGAAAAGAUUUGUGACUCUGUUGGACUGGCAAAACAGAUUGCUUUUCAUGCAGAACUGGAUCGAAAGGCAUCGGAAAAGCAAAAAGAAAUAGAUAGAGUAAAAGAGAAACAACAAAAAGAACUCAAUAAACAAAAACAAAUUGAAAAGGACUUAGAGGAGCAAAGCCGAUUGAUAGCUGCUUCCAGCAGAUUGAACCAGAGCAUUGGAGAAGGACAAUUUGUAGUCCUUAGCAGUAGCCAGUCAGAAGACAGUGAUUUAGGAGAAGAUGGAAAGAAGAAGAGAGAAUCUGAAGCCUAAGGUUGCCUGCUUAAUUAAAACUGGAAUCAUGGAUCUAUCUGGUUGAAUGGCACAAUAUCUAUCUACAAGAAGUGAAAUGCAGGUGGAGGGUCUGUUGUAUUAUAUAAAAGACUUCCCAAUAUGUAGGCCCCAUUAUGCCUUGAUUUUUCUUUCUCAACUAAGUUAUUUCCAUUUUCAUGCCAGCAUAAUUUAUCUUCUGUAUGCCAGAUCAAGCAUGGUGAUGCUGCCAUGUUUACUACAAAAUUAUGGCUUCUAAAGGCUUCUUUGCAAAAUGGAAAAAGUUUUUCCACUUACCUGGCUGUGCAAUUGACUUCUCUUGAAGCAAAAAUUAACAUGUUAUUGGACGUCAACAAUACACUGAAAUUUGUUUUUUACACUGCAAAAUGCAGAACACCUUGCUGGAAACAAAAGUGGAUAUCCAAAUAAGAUAGCACUAAACUUUAUCUAACUGUUGUUGCAGGUAACUGUUCUUAGAUUUAGAAAGAAAAAUCUUUAUUAACAUCAGUGAGAUGUACAGUAGUUCUAGGUGGAAAGAUCUUAUUUUUUGUUUCAUACUGCGCUGUAUGGCACUGCCUUGGUUUUUGGGUGAAUAUAAUAUUGGAAGACUUCUCUGACCAGGAAAAAAAAUACUUUGUCAAACCUAGAAGAGAGUUGAAGAGAUAGAUACAAUUGCAUCUUUCUGCAUGAGGAAUGUAGAAACAAUUCCUUAUCGAAUGGUAAGAGUAAUGUACGUAUUCUUGCAGCACAAGUGCCAUGUUCCUGCUUUUCCCCAGUACUUGUAAUAAACUGUAAGCCUUUGAGUUCACUUUUUAUAAAACAUGCCGAGAGUUGCAAGAACAUUUUGAAUAUCAUCAUUUGGAGCUUUUGAAUACUUACUUAAAUGCCUUGCCACUAGUUCACUACAUUUAUUGAAAAUGAAUUUAGGCUCUUGAGGUCUUUUCAUGGAAAUGUGUUUUUCAGAAAGAAUUAAUAGCUCUGAAGUAAGAGACUAUGCUGAUCCUAUAUCCUAGAGUCAAUCCUGUAAAGCAUUUUUCAAAGCAGUAUCUGCUUACAGCUCUUAAACCUGAUCUCCAUUCUCUAUACCUUGUGUAAUAUUUAUUUUAUAUAGUACUAAAUGUGCAUUCACCUUUUGAUCCAGAAGAAGAAACUUGUUUGUUUAAAGAAAGAAAGAGAAAUAUUUAUUUUUGCACUAAUUACUAUAUAUGUACUAAAAUCCAGUGGAACAGAAGACAUGUCUCUAAUAGCGGUAGGAAAAUAACAGGAAAUGUAGAAAGAGAGGACUAUAGUUAUAAUCCUAGUUAUCGUAUAACAAUUAUGAGUGCUUUACAGUUCAUUGCAGGGCAUUUCUGCUUCUCUAGUGUUCAGGAAUGGAAGCAGUUUUCAGACUAUCUUAUCGCCCAUCACCAGUGCUCGCCCAAUCCUUCACAGCUGGUGCUGAUAAAAUAGUGAGGAAUGUUGAGACCUCUGCUGGAUGUCUGCAGGUGGACAGAGGGAACAGUACCCUGGACUGGCUAAAGAGGGCAGCUGCCUCCUCAGCUUUAUGCUGGAGAGGCAAAUUUCUAUGCAGAGGUUAACUGCAUCUGGCUCCUGUCACAGAAAAGCAAGGGAGGCAUUACCUACCAGCCCAGCCUGCUGCAGGAAUAGCAGAGUUGCUGCUUUGAGGCUGCUGCUGGAGGAGGAGGUAGAACAGCACUCUUAUGUGAUGUUACUGGCACUGCAGCACAUGGAGGGGACCAGGCAGCCUCAGAAGCGGUCACAGUGCUCUUGCCUUACAAGAGAGCUUGAAGGGAGAGACUUAGCUACAAAAAGCCUCCCUGCUCUCUUCCUGCAUCAGUAGCUCCUACUCCCGUCUAUUUUUCAUCCCCAAAGAAGUGAGGCAAUUACAGAAGUAUCAGCUUUUGUUGUUGCCUCGUCAGGCCAGCUGGUAUUUGCCUGUGGCCAAACUUGGCCAGCACACUGUCAGAUGGACCACGCAGAUCUGAGGCUUUGUACAUUUUCUAAGUGGCAUUUUUAUUUCAUAUCUAGUCUUGCAUUCUCAGAUCUUGCUCUUAAGAGACUGUUUUUAUUCUUGUCAACAAGAAUGUACAGAGAGGCAAAAAAAAAAAAAA